CAGCAGGUCACCACUUGAAACUAAAUCUCAGAAAAGAGAAACUCUCUCUUUUUCUUCUUCUCUCUACAAUGGCUCCUCACUUUGUCUUUCCUCGGACCCUCCGAUCUCUGGAGGAGGAGCAGCCCGGAGACAAUCGUCUCUACGCUCAGAACCCAAUCGAUACCGCUUCUCUUCGUCCUCCUGAGCUCGAAGAGUUAGUCAAAGAUGUGUCCUUUGAUCUGUCGGAUAAAGAACUUUUCUGCAUUGAAGAACAAGAUGUGUUUGAUCGCGUUUACUCAUUGGUAUUGGGUUUCUCUACUCUCACCUCAUCUUGUAAACUCAAUCUUUUGGAGAGCCUUCGAUCCAACCUCAGUGUUCUUCUCCCAAAUGUGGACUCACUCUCACGGGUUUCUCAAGGCCAGGAUGAUGAUCUUCCAGUGCUUGAUAGGGUCACAUCACAUAGGAAUGCUUUCAAAAUAUACACAUUUUUUCUACUCAACAUUGUUCUGGCAGAGGAGUCCAAUGCGAGUGCAAAUACCAACUCAAAGGUGCAUUGUGUCCAUCUUUCUGUGAGAAAUUUCUAUGUACCACUCAAGUGUCUUCUUAGCAGCUUAAUUGCUACUGUUUUUGCUAUCUACAUCGUGACAACAAGUACCAGGAAGAAACAACCAUUACACUCAUGGAAUUGGGAACCACAGAGGGGUCGGAUACUUAAUUUGAUCGCUAAUUCAUUAGAAGUCAACCUUGAUUUGCUUUUUGGAUCAUCAAAUCCAGAUGAAAAUUAUCUUUCCUUCAUUACGAAAAAUGCUUUCUCUAUGUUUGAGAAUCCAUCACUCCUUAAAGACUCUGAAACAAAAGAUGCUCUUUGCCGUAUUAUUGGGGCUUGUGCAACAAAAUACCACUACACAACACAAUCAUGUGCAUCGAUCUUGCACCUGAUUCACAAAUAUGAUUUUGUUGUUAUUCACUUGGCUGAUGCAGUUGCUGGGGCUGAGAAAAAAUAUGCUGAUGGAACUCUUGCAAGUUCUCUUAUUAGAGAGAUUGGGAGGACUAACCCAAAAGCUUAUGUGAAGGACACUAAUGGAGCUGAAAAUGUUGGCCGUUUUCUUGUAGAACUUGCCGAUCGGCUGCCAAAGUUGAUGUCAACCAACAUAGGUGUUUUGGUCCCACACUUUGGAGGGGAAUCUUAUAAGAUUAGGAAUGCUUUAGUUGCUGUUUUGGGAAAGUUGGUUGCCAAGGCAUUUAAGGAUGCUGAGGCUGAAGUGAGUUCUAAAUCUGUUCGUCUUCGAAGCAAGCAAGCUAUGUUGGAAAUUUUACUAGAACGUUGCCGAGAUGUCUCUGCUUUUACUAGGAGCCGGGUCCUUCAGGUUUGGGCUGAACUAUGUGAAGAGCAUUCUGUUUCAAUUGGUUUCUGGAAUGAGGUUGCAGCAGUUGCUGCUGGGAGAUUGGAGGACAAAACUGCAAUGGUUAGAAAAGCUGCAUUAAAUUUACUUAUAAUGAUGUUGCAGCAUAAUCCUUUUGGUCCACAACUUAGAAUAGCUUCAUUUGAAGCAACCUUAGAGCAGUAUAAGAAGAAACUGAAUGAGCUUGAACCUGAAAAAAAAGUACAGAGUGUUAGCAAUGAUUUACAAUCUGAUAGUGAUACCUUUGUUGGAGAAGGUGAGGUUGAUAAUGUAAACGACGAAGAGUUAGCUGAGGAACAUCAAGAGAGUUUAACUGAUAGUUGUCUGCCUCAUCUAGAAGAAAAGAUCACUCAAAAGGAUAGCUUAGUGCCAGAUGUUGGGAACGUGGAGCAAACUCGGGCUCUGGUAGCAUCUCUUGAGGCUGGCUUGGGGUUUUCUAAGUGCAUCUCUGCCACAAUGCCUACUCUUGUUCAAUUGAUGGCUUCAUCUUCUGCCACUGAUGUUGAGAACACAAUUCUGUUGCUGAUGAGGUGCAAACAGUUCCAAAUCGAUGGUGCUGAAGAAUCCCUCCGUAAGAUGUUGCCACUGGUAUUCUCACAGGAUAAAUCUAUCUAUGAAGCUGUGGAGAAUGCAUUUAUCACUAUUUAUGUGAGGAAAAGUCCAGCAGAAACUGCUAAGAAUCUUUUGAAUCUUGCCAUAGAUUCAAAUAUCGGAGAUCUUACAGCUCUGGAAUUUAUUAUCAAUGCCUUGGUGUCUAAAGGUGAUAUAUCUCCAAGCACGAUAUCUGCAUUAUGGGAUUUCUUUUGCUUUAAUAUCAACGGAACCAUAGCAGAACAAAGUCGUGGUGCAUUACAUGUACUUUGCAUGGCUGCAAAAUCAUCCACUGGAGUUCUUGGCUCUCACUUGCAAGAUAUUAUUGAUAUUGGCUUUGGUCGAUGGGCUAAAGUGGAACCUUUACUUGCCAGAACAGCAUGCAUUGCCAUUCAAAGAUUGUCUGCUGAGGAUAGAAAAAAAUUGCUGGUUAGUAAUGGUAGUCGUGUAUUUGGUAUGCUAGAAAGCUUAAUUACAGGCUUUUGGCUCCCAGAAAACAUAUGGUAUGCUGCUGCCGAUAAAGCAAUAGGUGCCAUAUAUACAAUUCAUCCAACUCCAGAAACCUUAGCUGCUGAUAUUGUAAAGAAAUCUUUUAGCUCUGUUUUUGAUUGUAGUGGAGAACAUGAAUUGCAGAAUGACAUUGAUAGUGGUAGUCACAAUGCUCUCACAGCAGUUCUAGUAUCCAAACUUGGUAGAUUUUUAUUUGUUAUAAGUCAUAUUGCCAUGAACCAGUUGCUAUACAUAGAAUCCUGUGUUCGAAAAAUCCAGAAGCAGAAGACGAAAGAAAAAAUGGGUACUGAUGUUCAGAAUGUUGGCAUAAAAGCAUCGAAUACUCCAGAUGAUAACAAUAUAAAUGCUGAGCUAGGUAUUGCUGCCUCGGAAGAUGCAAUUCUUGACACACUCUCUGAAAAAGCAGAGCAAGAGAUUGUUUCUAGUGGUUCUAGUGAGAAGAAUUUGAUAGGGCUUUGUGCACCUUUCCUGUCAAAGCUUUGUAGAAAUUUUAGUUUGAUGCAAAAGUAUCCUGUACUUCAGGCAUCUGGAAUGCUCGCUCUUUGUAGACUGAUGAUUAUUGAUGCAAAUUUUUGUGAUGCAAAUCUCCAGCUUCUGUUCACAGUUGUGGAAAGUGCACCAUCAGAAACUGUUCGUUCCAAUUGCACUAUUGCUCUUGGAGAUUUGGCAGUUCGCUUUCCCAAUCUGUUAGAACCAUGGACUGAGAACAUGUAUGCCCGCUUACGAGAUCCUUCACGUUCGGUUAGGAAAAAUGCUGUGCUGGUUCUUUCGCAUCUCAUCUUAAAUGACAUGAUGAAGGUGAAAGGUUAUAUAAAUGAGAUGGCUCUAUGUUUAGAAGAUGAAGAUGAGAGGAUAUCAAGUCUGGCUAAACUUUUCUUCCAUGAGUUGUCUAAGAAAGGAAACAAUCCUGUAUAUAAUUUACUUCCAGAUAUACUUGGCAAGUUAUCCCACCAGAAUCUGCAGAGGGAGUCUUUCUACAACAUCAUGCAGUUCUUAAUUGGUUCCAUAAAAAAGGAAAAACAAAUGGAAGCUCUUGUGGAAAAGCUCUGCAAUCGGUUUAGUGGAGUCACUGAUGUUAAGCAGUGGGAAUAUAUCUCUUAUUGCCUCUCUCAGCUAUCAUUUACUGAGAAGGGAAUAAAAAAGCUCAUUGAAUCAUUCAAGACAUAUGAGCAUGUCCUGUCUGAGGAUUCUGUCAUGGAUCAUUUCAGAAGCAUUAUUAACAAGGGUAAAAAGUUUGCAAAACCAGAGCUUAAGUUAUGCAUUGAGGAGUUUGAAGAAAAGCUUAAUAAGUUCCACUUGGAAAAGAAGGAGCAAGAAGAGACAGCAAGAAAUGCCCAAAUUCAUCAACAGAAGGUUGAAGAUAUGGAACAUGUUAUCAGGUCUAGAAAUGAGGGUGAAGAAUCUGAUAAUGCUGAAGAUGAAGUCAUUGAUCCAUCCAUGGAAGGGAUGCCUCAAUCUAUGAAUAAAACACCAGAUACAAAACUUGAUGAUUCAGAUGAAUAUUCUGGUGGUUCUAGUGAGGUGAUAGAGACAGAACCAGAUGGGACUGAAGUCCAAUCACCAAAAUUUAUCACAGAAGGAACCUCCACAUCAAGAAAUAAGAAAAGCAAAAUGAAAGAUCACAAAAGUGGUAUUUCUGUUUCUGGUAGAAGAAAUACAAGAUCAAAACAAAGAUGAUAAUGCAGGUAGAAGAGUUAGAAAGUCUAAAGAUCCAUGUUUUGCUGUUCACAACUAAAGAAAGUAAGAAGUUUCCUCUCACUAGGUUGUUGUAAGAAGUUUGCAAACAUUUGUACCGAUAAAAAAAUAACCGUAACAAAAUCAUAUAUUAAAAAAAUGUUCAUUUUCUGAGUGGGCAUCCUGUAUUUAGAGCUAAGUGUAUAGAUAUGAACUAGUGUUUACUUUCAAAUUGUGGUCAAGUCUUUGAAAGCAUAUGUGUAUGUAUGAUAGCUCAAACAUGGCAGAGUCAUCUUAAUAUGUAGAUUAACAAGUAUAUCCUAUUUGCUGAUGUUUUAGAUGUCAGUCAAUGUUCAUACCUGAUUACAUUCACUUAGCUGUCGAGUGAGUUGAAAUUGUUAUGCUAUGAUGGAUUAGAUAUACUGAUAUGCU